AUGCCUAGUCCCAACCAGCCAACUCCCCCUUCCUCCACAUCUUCCAACAAUGGCGCAUCGCCCGACGGUCAGCAACCGUUCAGAGUUGUGCGAAAGCGCAACCGAAUCCCUCUCUCUUGCGCUCCUUGCAGGCAUCGCAAGUUGAAGUGCAACCGCGGCCAUCCGUGUGAUAACUGUUCCAAACGAGGUGAUACUGCUUCUUGUAGCUAUGCGACUCCGGGAAACCGGAAAAAGGGCGCUGCCAACGGCGCCAAUGCCUCGCCAGACGACAUGCAGAAUCGAAUUGACAGGCUGGAAGGCCUUGUCCUUUCGUUGAUGACGAGCGGACAGUCUGGGUCUACAGCAGCUGCACAAGCCGCGAUUGACGGCAGUAGGAGCAACAGCCUGAGCACAGGCUCCGACCUCAACAAACUGGAUGUCGGCGGUGCGGAUAUGAUACGGGAAGAGGGCGAGAAUGGCGAAGAGGAGAGCGAAGUCGAGGGCAUAUCGCGCGGCAUUGGAAUCAUGAAAAUGGACAAUGGCAAGGCGGUCUUCGCUUCGGAUGCGCACUGGUAUGCGAUCCUUGGUGAGAUCAGCGAAGUCAAGAAAUACUUCGAGAGCCACAAGGAGGAUUACAAGCAACACAUGGCCAAGGUACAGGCUGCGAAAGCGGACGAAAGCCCUGGCACCGCGUUCUUACUCCAAGGAGCUCCACCCAAGGACAAGGCAGAACUUCUUGCAUCUUUCCCCUCCAAGGCGGACGCUGAUAGAUUGAUCGCGCGAUACUUCAACGCCUACGAUCCUUCAGUACACAUCAUUCAUGGUCCAUCGUUUCAGAAGCAGUACGACAGACAUUGGCUGAGCCCCACCGAUACGACCGUCAUUUGGCUUGGGAUGUGCUUCGCCAUGAUGACUUUGGCGUUGCAAUCAUAUCACAGAGCGGGAGACGAGCCGCCAGAGUAUCGAGGCAGAUCCCUGGAAAUAUCUCACGAAUAUCGCAGACUCACCGCUCAGUGUCUGCAAGUCGGAGACAUUACGCAGCCAACACCACAGAUACUGGAGACGCUGGUUUUGCACGUUCAGGCAGAGUACGGGCGCAGCAGAGAUGCUGAGCCUGGUGUCUUGCUGAUGACCAGUCUCUGUCUGAGGUUGGCUAUGCGAAUGGGCUAUCACCGCGACCCAGGUCCCCAUCCAGCCAUAUCGCCUUUCUACGGCGAGAUGCGGCGUCGAGUGUGGACUUUUGUCCGGCAAUGCGAUUUGCUGAUUUCAUUUCAGUUUGGCCUUCCAGCUAUGGUGAAAACAGAUCAUGCCGAUACGGAAACUCCUCGCAAUCUAUACGACGACGAGCUCUAUGAAGACAUGAAGGCUCUUCCAGCGUCGCGGCCGACGUUCGAGGCGACCCCGAUGUCUUAUAUGAUCACCAAGGCCAAGAUGACUUUCUUGUUUGGCCGCAUCGUGGAGCGAGCAGCUUCGGUGACGAAUCCUCCUUCAUACGAAGAGACGCUCAAGUUUGACAACGAACUUCGAGAGACCAGAUCGCAGCAUCCUCCACUUCUUCAAAUGCGCUCGUUCCAAGAAUCAGCUCGCGAUCCGGCGAAUCUGAUCAUGCAGCGACUUGGUUUGGAGAUGGUAUACUUGCGAUCUCUGUUCGUGCUGCACAGGCGAUUCAUCUCGCGAGGGAGGGAGAAUCCAAGAUAUGCGUACUCUCGACGAACUUGCAUUGAUGCAUCCAUGGAGCUACUUGCCCAUCAAGCCACCCUCCACCAAGAGUCCCAGCCAGGCGGCCGGUUGAGAUCCGUCAAAUGGUACAUCUCCUCUUUGACGACCCACGAUUUCCUCAUAGCAGCCAUGCUGGUGUGCUUAGACCUGUACCACACCGCGGAGGCGGAGAGAAACGGGCCAAAGGCAAACUCACCGCAAUCACCGCUGGUGUCGGAUCUCUACGACGAGGGCAGACGAGAACAGAUGAUGCAGUCUGUGGAGCACUGCAUCACCAUCUGGGAAUCGGUGCGCGACCAAAGCAUGGAAGCUUACAAGGCGUCCACGGCCCUUCGAGUGAUGAUUGAGAAGCUCAAAGCACAUCAAGAACGUCAACGAAACGAUCCUGGUUACGCUCAACAGGCGGCCAACUCUUACCCAGGUCGUGCCCCGAACUUUGGCAUGUUCCCGAAUGGCAAUGUUGCGGAUGUGAAUACCGACGAUCUUCCGCCAGAGCAAUCUGCAGCGAUGACACUGGGCAUGCUUUCGUCUGGUGGGAUCUCACCUGGACCUGGCUUUGGCAUGAACCUGUCGCAGAUGACUUCGGCGGCUGAAAAGCCCUCGUAUCCAUCAAGUAUGGCGGGUCUUCUCAACGAGCCGAUGGCAACGGAAAGAACGGGUUUGACACCUCAGUACUCGGGUCCGGACGUGAGCAGUAUGAACGGUAUAUCUGGCGCCGCCAGUCCCAUGACACAGAUGCUUAGCCAGGGCAACUUCAUGGGGAUGGAGGGCAUUGGCGGCGAUAUCGACUGGGGUGCGUGGGAUUCGUACAUUCAAGGCACUGGAACCGGUGCCAUGGAUGCUAGUCAGAUGUGGCCUCUCAAUCUAGAUCUAGCCAUGGACACGGGUGGACAGGCGCAGCCAACAGAGCAGAAUGGUGGAAGCAGUAAUCCGGCAGGAGUCUUCAUGGGAGCGAGAACACCCGGAACCGGCAACAUGAUGUGA